UAUUUGAUGCGCCUAAAGUUGUGUGAAGUGCGCGCAAAAAUAAGAAGAGCUUGAGAGAGUCUGGAGCACUACAAUUAAUACGCGUUUAGGGGAAUCGUUAACAUGUAUUCCCCCCGUGCCACCCCCAUUUCGGGCCGUAGGCAAUCCUCAUGGGCGACCGGUAGAAAGAGUCUCACCGGUACACCAACAGGGCUUCUUUUCUCCCCACGUAGGACAUCGUUAGCAGCGAGGUCAACCCCCACUCGGGUGCAGAGUUACUCAACUUCAGAAGCUAUCCAUUUCGAUGUCCAGACGUUUGGCUCUUCACUACCAGUCAAAGUCAUGGAAGCAUUGACAAUGGCCGAUGCUGAUGACCAGAUCUCAGUAAAGGUGGAAGAUAGUGGCUGGGCUUGGAUGGUAUGUGGAGAGAGGCUGAUUAUCUGGAAGAUAUGCCAGACUGCUGUGGCCAAGUGUUCAGUGUGUAAGGACCUCCAGCUGCCCACCAGUGAGUAUGCCUACAGUGCAGAUCUAAUCGCCAUAUCAUCUCCCAGCCCCCUUGAGACCGCCACUGUUCAGUCCAUCUUUGUCAUUGCGGUGUCGCCAAAUGGUACUGCUCGCUUCUGGCCCAGCUUGGCCCAUGAAGGCAACUACAGUGAGACUGUGGCGGACACCGGAGACAGUCUCUGCAACCUGGUUGUGGCUGUCCGGGGGGGAAGUUUCAUCGUGUCCUCCUACACGGGCCUGAUGUUGCGUCUCGGUGCCGACCCGUCCGGGAAGCUCCAGCAGAGAGCGCUCCAGCAGGGCCAGGGGGUGCUGUCUGGCAUCGGGCGGCGGGUCUCCAGCCUCUUCGGCAUGCUCGCCCCCCCCACCAGUAACACCCUGCACAGUGUGCUGUGGGUGGGGGAGAUGGACUGCCUGUACGCCCUGGCCUCGUCUGGGCUCAGUAAGUGGGAGGUGGACGAGGUGACUGAGCGCCAGGUGCUCAGCUGGGACUCCAGCCGGGCUCUGAAGGAAAGCGUUGCCGACGCCAUCUGGGGUUCCGAAAGCAACUAUGAGGAAAUAAAGGAGGGCGUGAACGUGACCUACAUGGACAUGAAACUGGGCCAGGAUGGUUUGGUUGUCCUGGCAGCAGCCUGGCACCCCGCGGACUCCCCGUGUUUGGCCUACUUCUGCCUCGUAACCCUACUCGACAACGGCAACAGCAUUUCCCAGGAGUUGUCUGUGGAAGUCACCAAAUACAACCCAGCCUUCCAGAGUGAAGACGCCCUCCAGGCCACUCGGUUGGUGUUACCGCGGGCAACUAGCCCUGCAGCCUUCCUCUACAAUGAGGAGAUGGUGUUUGCCUGCUCUACCGUCACGGGCAGAGGAGGGCUGCCUGAGGAGAAGAUCCCCUUCAACUCACCCGGCGACCGUUUGCGUGGUGGAGGUUGCUGUGCCAACCUGCCGGUGUUCUUUUCCCAGAACAGCGGUCUGGUAGCCGUGGUGGCCAGGGAGAGGGCCUCCAUGUUGCCUGAGACCAUGGAGGACUCCCUCUGCUCCUCCCUGGCUGGGGCCGGCCCUGAGGCAACUGCUAUGGAGACUCCAACCAGGAUGGAGACUGUAGCUCACGAGGACAAAACCAAACUCCUAAAAGCAGCGUUCCUGCAAUUCUGUCGGAACGACCUUGUGGGGGCACAGACCAUGACCAACGAGCUGUUCCCCCCCGACGGGGACGGAGACGGCGAGGAGGGCGGGGAGCUGGACCUGGUGGUGGCUCGUAUCAACCUGGACCUGCUGGACGAUUACCCCGCCUCUGACCCCCGCUGGGCUGAGUCUGUCCCCGACGAAAGUGCCGGGUUCCCCCUGACCUCCCUCAUCAUUCUCCACCAGCUAGAGGACAAGAUGAAAGCCCACGGCUGCUUCAUGGAGUUCCUGCUACAGGUGGGUCUGCUGGAUCGCCUGGGCCAGACCACCGUGCGCUCGUCCCCCAUGGCCACGCGGCUCCUGCUGUGCGAGCACGCAGAGAAGCUGCAGGCGGCCAUGACGCUGAAGAACCACCACGCCAAGCACGGAGAGCUGGUCAACCGGGCCAUCCUCUGCGGCCUGAGGAAGAGCGACGCCACGCUGCCCGCCAGCCUCACGCCCGCCGACGUCUUCUUCAGAGAGGUGUCCCAGAUCUCCUCUGUGUUCGAGUGUCUUCUGGAAGAGGAGGAGAGGACCCUGAAGGAGAACCCAGUGGACUCCGUGAGGUGGGCCGAGGUCGUGCUAACCGUCAACACGGUCAUUAAGGACAUGCUUCAGGCUGCUGUUCAGUACAGAGAAACCAAGGCGUCGCUGUACAGAGCGUCCGAGAGCUCCGCGGCUGAACCGGAGUAUGUCCCGUGGACAGCGUCUGGUGGCGUGGGCGGCGUGCGCACCGUCAUCGCCCGGCAGCACGAGGUGAUUGUGCGGAGCGUCUACCCCCAUGCCGACACGGAGCUGCGCGGCGCCCUGAACGAGCAGCUGGCGGCGCUACUGGACGCCCUCCUGGGAGGCUACGUGGCCCAGCUGAACUCGCUGAGGCAGGGCCCGACGGAACGCUACAACACCCUGGAGAUGGAGUACACACAGCGCCGCUCCGAGCUGCUCGCGCCGUUACUGGAGUUGGGUCAGUACCAGUGGGUGGCGGCACUAGCGGAGAAGUACUGUGACUUCGACAUCCUUGUCCAGAUGUGCGAGCAGACUGACAACCAGAACCGGCUGCAGCACUACAUGACCAAGUUUGCCGACCAGAACUUUGCAGACUUUCUGUUCCGCUGGUACUUAGAGAAAGGGAAGAGGGGCAAGCUGCUCUCCCAACCCAUCGCCCAGCACCAGCAGCUGGCCAGCUUCCUGCUGUCCCACGAACACCUCAGCUGGCUUCACCACAUCCACGUCCACAACUUCAGCAGUGCCCACAGGACCCUGUACGGACAGGCCAACAUGGAGACGCGUUACUUUGUGAAGAAGAAGACCCUGCUGGCUCUGGGUAAACUGACUGCCCUGGCGUCCGACAUGCCCGAGGCCGUGAUGCAGAAGCAAGUUGAAGACAUAGUGGAGCAGGAGCGCUUCUUACUGCACCAGGAGACUCUACCCAAACAGCUCCUGGAGGAGAAGCAAAUGAACCCCGACACCAUGCCCCUCCUCAGCGCUCACAAUCUGAUUAACCUGUACAUCUGCGACGACAACAGACGAGCCAACGAGUAUGACUUCAAGAAGGCCUUGGACCUUCUGGAGUACAUAGUGGAGGAGGACGCCGUGGACAUCGAAGGACUGAAGUGUGAGAUCUUCUGCAAGGCCCUCAAGAAAGACGACUGGUCGUCUGCUGACGGGAAUGACGACCCUCUGGAGGCGGCCAAGGACAGCAUCUUUGUCAAGAUCCUCCUCAAGUUAAUACAGGAGGGAAUUCCUCUACAGACUUACCUUCCCGAUGUGAAAGACCUUCUGCAGGUAGACGAGAUGGAGGCAUUGAAAUCAAAGCCCACCUUUGAGUUUGUCCUACGGGCCAACUAUGAACAUUACUUGCAAGCUCAGAUCUGACCUCUUUUAACACCUACAUUUCCCAGGUUGCACUUUUUGUCUGUAUUUCCCAUUUCUGUUUGUUACAAAGAUAACACAAUGCAUUUUCUAAAUAAACAUCAUAUUUCUGUUAA